GUGAAGAAGUGGUCACUCACGGCGUCCUGCACAGGCAGUCGUGAUCUACCGACAUGUUCUUCUCGCUCUCUCCACCCACCCAGAAUCGUAUGUUUCGCCGCACAGAGCACCGACCCAACGAUGUCUUCGCGAGACGGCGCCAGCCACGUUGCCGGGGUCGGCGACACUGACGUACCGUCCGACAACGUCUGGAGCUCCCACGAUCGUCUCACGCCAACAAACUCCCACGACCGCAACGACGACGACCAGCCUCCACCGCUGCCCUUUGCCAGAACACCGCCCACCAUAGAUUCAUACGAAGCUUCACCCGUGUCGUCCGCGCACAGCUCCGUUAUCGACCUCAACUCGCAAGCUGGUAGCGCCGCAGACGAGGACGACUUUGAGCUCAUCGAAAACGACCAGCUGCCCGAAUCGCACUACGACGGACACGAUUCACCCAGCGAGGAAGGAGUAAUAGGAGGACUCACUUCGAAUCUACGCAAGAGAUAUAACAAGUACCAACGACGGCCACAACGCAGAUUCUCCAAUACCUCGCCUGCCCAGCCAGGCAGCAACAACAUGGACGGAGCUGGAAGGAGUAGUAAUGACUAUGAUGACCCGGAGUGGCAGCAGGCUGGCGCAAAUGCCGACUCAAUAGAUCUUGCUGGACCUGGAGCCCAUGGCAGACUAUUGUGCACCGUUGGGAGUCCUCAGAAGGAAGGCGAAGGCACGCAAACAGUAUAUGUUUCCUACCUGGUGACAACCGAAACGGACUUCAAGUCGUAUCAAAACUCGCACACAAAAGUACGACGGCGCUUCACGGACUUUGUCUUCCUCUACCGCACACUUGCAAAAGAAUAUCCGCAAUGCGCCGUGCCGCCUCUUCCGGAUAAACAUAAUAUGUCGUAUGUGCGAGGCGAUCGCUUUGGUCCGGACUUCACUUCGCGGCGUGCAUAUUCUUUGAACCGCUUUCUCGCACGACUGACGCGGCACCCAGUGCUGCGAAGAGCGACACUCUUGACUUUAUUUCUGGAAUCAACUGAUUGGAAUUCCGUGAUGAAGUCCAGGCCGAAUCGAGGCAUGAGUGGCAGUGAUGGCGGCAGUGGAGGCGUGCUCGAGAGCUGGACCGACAGCUUCCUUAACGCCUUCACCAAGCCGCACAAGACGGACAAGAAAUUCCAGGAGGUCAACGAGAGAGCUUCCAAAUUAGACGACGAUCUCGGGACUGUGAGCAAAACUGUGGCACGUGUUGCGAAACGAGAAGGCGAUUUGGAAAACGACUAUCGAGAUUUGGCAGAGCAGUUCCAGAGGCUAGCUGCACUUGAGCCGGGCAUUAACGACGAAUUGACCAAGUUUGCGACUUCUGUCAAUGCCACAAGCGAAGGGUGGCAAGGGCUGAAAGAGUUCACUGACCAGGAUUACCUUGGAUCUCUCAAAGACAUGGAGGCUUAUAUCACAUCUGUCAAGUCGCUGCUGAAGACGCGGGAACAAAAGCAAUUGGAUUUCGAAGCACUCACAGAUUACCUUCAAAAAGCCGCGCAGGAACGGGACACGCUGGCAAGUCAUGGCUCUAUGGGUGCUUCUGGCUUUCUGCGACAAAAGAUUGAGGACGUGAGAGGCGUGGAUCACGAACAAUCUCGACGCGAAAGGCAGCGGAAGCUUGAAGUGCAAAUUUCACGACUCACAACAGAAGUGGAGGCUGCGAAGAAGACAAGCGAAGCGUUCGAUGAGGAGGUCGUGAAGGAAGUUGGUGACUUUGAACGCAUCAAAGCUAUUGAGUUUCGAGAUGAGCUGGGUGGACUGGCCGAUGCCAACAUCAGAUUCUUUCAGGGCAACAUUGAAAUAUGGGAACGAUUCAUCGAAGAUAUGGAGAAGCAGCAAGCUCAAGCCGAGGCUGCCAGAGCAUAAGUUGGUAGACUUCACUGUCGGGUAGUGGGUAAUGUCUAUAUGCUUCUACGCUGAGAAUGAUGGGAAUGAAAUGCUGGCAUGCCUUUCUUUACGCGUACACGUUGGAGAGUGAUUUGCGUGCGAUUGUUUGCAGCGGAACGAAUAGAUUCCUGGUUGUCCUUGUUUCUCUCAGGGAGAUUUGCGGCCACUGUCCAGCAGAUUGACUGCAGAGGGCGAAAGCGUUUUGGAAAGCCGGAAUCGGCGACAAAAGUUGCAGGCUUGGCGUUUUGACGACUUCACUUCAUGGUCUGCAAAACACAACGAAGCGAUAUCAUGAAGCAUUAACUCACAACAUCAAGUCAAUAGAAGCAAACGAUCAGACGGCAAUCAAUCCGGCUUAUCACACCCGUUGAACGCUAUCAUGGAUCGCUGCAAAAAUGCUUGGCAAGCCCAAAAGUUUCACUUCGAGCUUCGCCCUGUCCCGACUCCCCAACAAGGACAUGCUGCAAGCAGCACAAAGCAACUAGACACAUUCUCGACGGACGUACAAUGUCGCCAGAGAUCUAGACUCCUCGGAGCAAAAGAAAAUGCGCAACAUCCGGAAACAUAGCCGGCUGCAAAUUUCAUUCACUCCGCACCUUCCCCAAGGACAAAAAUAUCACAACUACUCCUCCGUUGUCCCUAUACAGGACAAAAGAAGU